AUGGUCACAGACAACGAACGGGUCAUGGAGGUAGAACAAGCAAAUGGAAACACUUCAUCUGGGUCUACUCAGGCUGAACAGACUAGAAACACCUUGUUGAUUCGUUCGGUUCCUACAGCAGCAACAGAAGAAGAAAUAAAGGACCAUUUCACAGAGGUGUACCCGACCUGCGAAGUUACCGCUGUCACCCUGGGCCUCGAUGUGACCAAGCUCUCGAAUCUUGAUGAGGAAAGGAUUGAAGCAGAAGAAAACCUGUUACAAAAGAUGAGGGAGCAGCUGGAAAAGGAACCACCACCCCCCCUGGGGUUGGCCUUUGUGACUUUUAAGACCAAUGCCAUGGCCACAUUAGUUCGAAAAGACAUCAACGCUCUCAAGUGUAAUAAAUCAAUCUUCUGCGGUGGAAGGAGGCCCAAGUCUUCAUCCAAAAGCGAAGGUCUGAAAGUGAAGAAGUGGAGGGCCGAAAUCGCAUCUUUGGCUAGAUCCAUCCACUGGAAGAAUCUGCCAGUGAAGGGUUUCAAAUGGAUGGGGCGAUUUCUUCUAGUCAACUUGGCGGUCUUGGCCGGGGUCACCUUACUCACAACUCCUGCCAUGAUGGUGAACCCCUUUCACUUGUUCACUGGGACAGCAUCCAUCACUGAUAUCCUGAGCCCCAUUGUCAGGCAGUUUGGCCCAAGUCUACUGCUGUGGAAUUUUUCUACAUUGCUUUCUGCCAUAGUUCACUGUUCUACACAUUUUGAAUCACACUGGAGCAGGUCCAGUGAGCAGCUGAGCACGAUGCGGAAACUCUACUUUUUCCUGAUCCUCCUGGUGCUCAUCCUCCCCUCACUAGGACUCACCAGUCUCCCAGGCUUAUUCCAAUGGCUGUUUCAACGCUUGUUCCAUGGCGUAGGGACACUGAAGUUUGAGUGUUUGUUUAUGCCUGACCAAGGAGUGUUUGCUGUCAACUAUGUGAUCAUCGCAGCUUUCAUGGGCUCUAUGAUGGAUUUGCUGCUGUUUUCUCAGUUACUGCGUUAUAUCAUACGUUUGGUAUUCCCACGCUCUGCAGCUGUAGGAAAAUAUCUCAAACAGAACCAGGCCAACAAAUUUGAAUAUGGACCCAUGUAUAGCUGGACCCUCUUCACAUUCACCGUUGUUAUGGCUAACAGCCUCAUUUGUCCCAUCAUUGCGCCUUUUGGUCUACUGUGGAUGCUGUUGAGGUAUUUUGUGAACAAAUACAACCUGUACUUUGUCUACCGUCCCGACCCCAUUGAUAUCCGAGUCCACAUGGAAGCUAUCGAUAUGUUAAUAGCGGCGCCCAUCACCUGCCUAUUGUGGCUUUACCUCACCUUCCUCCUCACAGCAGGUUUCUGGAGCGCCAUAGCUUUGUCCCCCAUGUUGUUAGCGUUGAUCACUUUCCUCGCCUGCAAUGCACACAAGUUAUUUGGCUGUUUCAAAUACAUCAGGCCAAAGAAAUUUAAGGUGUCAGAAGAGGCAGCUGAGAAAGACACCGAGGUCUACCUUCCCAGAGUGCUUACCAUGAUGCGGGAGACCAUCCGAACCGGUCCAGUGGCGGAAAGCAUGUCAACUGAUUCAGUGGUGGUCAUGAGGCAGGAGACAUGUGAAGCUGCAGACAACGGUCCAGUGGCAGAGUCCUGCACGGACCCAGUGAAGAAGGAGCACAUGGGUGGCCCCAUCUGCCCAGACGGGUUGCUUUGGCCCCACCUCCAGUCCGCCCUGAACCAGGUGCAGAAGCCAUAA